GAUCUUCUUUUCUCUUACUUUAGAGUGUGUAAUGCCAACUGAUUGUAAAGCAUGGAAAGAACUGGGAAUCAAACAAAAUGGAGUAUAUCCUAUUAAACCAGAUAAUGGACCAGCUUUCCAAGUAUACUGUGAUAUGGAGACUGAUGGUGGUGGAUGGACUGUAUUUCAAAGGAGACAAGACGGAUCUGUUGAUUUUUAUAGAUACUGGACUGACUAUGAAAAUGGCUUUGGUGACCUUACUGAUGAGUUUUGGCUAGGAUUGAGCAAGAUUCAUCGUCUUACUAAAGAAGGAUCAAACACACUAAGAGUGGACCUGGGAGACUUUGAGGGGAACACGGCUUAUGCUAACUUCUCUACAUUUAGCAUUAGUGAUCGUAGCACUGAAUAUAUACUAACAGUAGGAGGAUACUCUGGUACUGCUGGGGAUGCUAUGAAGCGUCAAAAUAAAAGGAAAUUUACUACAAGAGAUAAUGAUAAUGAUCUAUAUGAAAAAAAUUGUGCUCAGCUUUUCACUGGUGCCUGGUGGUACAAAAACUGUCAUCAAUCAAAUCUUAAUGGUUGUUAUUUUAAUACUUCAACUAAAUCUAAUCAAGGCAUCGUUUGGCACCAUUGGGAAGGAGAAAAUACUCUCAAGUUCUCAGAGAUGAAAACUCGUCGCAAUAACUAAAUACUGUCCCCUACACACAGAAGUGUGA